AUGAGGAUAUUCAGCGCCCCUGAUGUUUCGGCGUGGAGCCACUGUUUCACCACCGCGGGGUUCUACUUCCUCCUGGCCACCAACACUCUGAUGCUGGCGUUCUACUGCCUCAGUCAGCUCUCCCUCUCCCAGGCUCCUCGUACAUCAUUUUAUCACCAAGUCGAGUCCUCACAGAAUGUCUACGACUCCGCAGCUUCCCCGGAAGGUCGCUUAUACGACUAUCUGGGACAGGUGCCGAGAGUCUUCUUCGCCGACCUCCUCCGCCAAUAUGAACAACCGGUCAACGACGACGGCCAUGGCAGCAAUCUCCUUGACGAGGCUAACUUCCCAUAUUCGCAGAAGUUCAUCUACGUAAAGGAGCCGAGUAAAGAGAACCUCACUGUCAUGGACUACGUGGCGCAAGGCAUCGCAUGUGCGGGUGAUACGCUGGGACCGUCUUCCAUCACGAUGCACCCGGCCACGGGUGCAACGGUGAGAGUAGUACAUAGUACGGGUACUGUGCAUCAGUGCCGGGAUACGAAGCUGCUUUUGGAUGCCGUGUCGCAGACGAGGAGGGAGCCGAUUAUUAUGUAUCGAGAUUGGGAAGACGGUGAUACAUUGACUAGCCUCGUUGACGGUAGCACGAAAUAG